GCGGGCGGAGAAGACCUGGUUGAGCGCGAGGGAGGGAGAAAGCGAGAGAGAGAGAGAGGGGGAGAGAGAGAGGUCGGGAGUGAACGCGAGGAGGGGAAAACGACGGCCGUCAGGGUCGGACGAUACGCAGAUUAACGAAGACACAUCAGCUCGCCGAACCGUCGACUCCGCGGCGGGCGGGCGGGCGAGCGAGCGAGCACACGGGGACGCGCCUCCGGGGUGAACGGGCUCCAGCUGACCCCCUAAUGAGGACAAGAUAGAAAAUGGAUGAAGGGAAUUGGAAUUUUGCAAAGGCGUCAGAUCAGGAGAGGGGAAGGACUGAGUGACUGACUGAUAGUCAGACAGUUUAAGGAGCAGUUUGAAUGACGAUACACCUGCUGCAUCUAAAGAACCUAGAUUUUCCUCCAUUUUUAUUUUCAACUUUCUAAAAUCGCUUUCGUCAUGCCAUCCAACAGUCCUGCAGUCACCGAACUGCCCCAGACACCAGAAAACAAAACCUCUAACGAUGUGAGUGAAGAUGGAGCAGACUUGGACAGCCCAGAGGAGGCGACUGCAGGGACCCCUCCAAACAAGCGGCGGGUGGGCCGUCCAAGCAGGAAACGCAAACAAUUUCUUCCUGAGAUGGCAACGUCCGACCCCUCAACUCCGCCGGGGGAGCUGGAGCACUCCCCUUCCCCUCGCAAGAAACGUGGGCGUCGGAAACUAGAGCAGAACGACAGGAAUAAGGAUGAAUCAGAUGACAGAAGCUGUGACUCCCCUAGAGAGGGUGAGACAGGGAGGUUGCGUAGGAAGCCGGUCCCCAGAGUGACUUUCCAAGCUGGAGAUCCGUACUACAUCAGCAGGAGACAGAAAGAAGAAUGGCUCAGCCGCUGGAAGAUGGAGGCAGAGAGACGGGCUUACAGGGAAGCUGAGAUCUGCAUGAUGGAUGACCUCACAUCAGAAGGUGACUUUCCAAAAGAGGAUGAACCAGCCAGUCCGGACCCUCUGCCAUCCCAGCAACAAACAGAUCCCGCCUCGCCAACUGUGGCCGUAACACCGGAACCGGUCGCCAGAGGAGACCAGGCGACACCCAGAGAGAUCGAAUACCAGGAUGGCAGGAGCUUUGGCAUCGGCACGCUAGUGUUCGGAAAGCUGCGAGGUUUCUCCUGGUGGCCUGGCAGGAUUGUUUCUUGGUUGAUGAGCGGCCGUAGUCGAGCCGCUGAUGGGACACGCUGGGUCAUGUGGUUUGGAGAUGGCAAAUUCUCUGUGGUUUGUGUGGAGAAGCUCAUGCUGCUGAGUUCUUUCUCAUCUGCCUUUCACCAGCCCACCUACAACAAACAGCCCAUGUACCGUAAAGCCAUCUUUGAGGCUCUACAGGUGGCAAGUGUGCGAGCAGGGCGACCCACUCCUUCCUGUGACCCAACUGAUGAUGUAGAUAGUGUGGAACCUCAGACCAGGCAGAUGAUUGAAUGGGCCAUGACUGGCUUCCUACCCAAUGGCCCACAAUCACUGGACCCUCCUGAGGAAGAGCAGAAUCCAUAUAAAGAAGUCUACUCUGAGAUGUGGGCGGAACCAGAGGCCGCAUAUACUCCUCCCCCUGCCAAGAAACCUCGCAAAAACGCAGCGGAAAAAGCCAAGAUUAGAGAGGUGAUCGACGAAGGAACCAGAGAGAGACUCAUAGAGGAGAUUAAAAAGAAAACCCGGAACAUUGAAGAUAUUUGCAUCUCCUGUGGAAGCCUCCGAGUCUCUCUGGAGCAUCCUCUCUUCAUGGGAGCAAUGUGCGUGGGUUGCAAAAAUUCCUUUUUAGAGUGUGCCUACCAGUACGACGAUGAUGGUUACCAGUCCUACUGCACCAUCUGCUGCGGAGGCAGGGAGGUGCUCAUGUGUGGCAACAACAACUGCUGUAGGUGUUUCUGCGUGGAGUGUGUGGAUCUGUUGGUAGGAAUUGGCUCAGCAGCGGCAGCCAUCAAGGAAGACCCUUGGAACUGUUACAUGUGCGGGCCCCGAAACACUCACGGGUUACUGCGGCGACGGGAUGACUGGCCUUGCCGACUACAGCAUUUUUUCGCCAACAAUCACGAACAGGACUUUGAGCCAGCCAAGUUGUAUGCUCCAGUUGCAGCAGAGAAGAGGCAGCCAAUCAGAGUCUUAUCACUGUUUGAUGGCAUCGCCACAGGUCUUUUGGUGCUAAAGGAUCUGGGCAUCCAGGUUGAUAAAUACGUGGCGUCCGAGGUCUGUGAGGACUCCAUCACUGUCGGCAUGGUGAGACACCAGGGACGCAUCAUGUAUGUGGGCGAUGUACGCAACGUGACCCAUAAACAUAUUGAAGAAUGGGGACCAUUCGAUCUGGUGAUAGGAGGAAGUCCCUGCAAUGACCUCUCCAUAGUAAACCCUGCACGGAAGGGUCUUUAUGAGGGAACUGGGCGAUUAUUUUUCGAGUUUUACCGUCUGUUGCACGAGGCUCGACCAAAAGAGGGUGAUGGUCGGCCUUUCUUCUGGCUCUUUGAGAAUGUGGUUGCCAUGGGAGUCAGUGACAAACGGGACAUUUCUCGCUUUUUAGAGUGCAACCCUGUGAUGAUCGAUGCCAAGGAAGUCUCUGCUGCCCACCGUGCUCGAUAUUUCUGGGGAAACCUGCCCGGCAUGUCAAGUAGCCUCUCGAAAAUUCCUUCAACAAACAGACCACUGAGCGCCAUGACGAACGACAAGCUGGACCUACAGGAGUGUCUUGAGCAUGGCCGUACUGCCAAGUUUGAGAAGUUGCGUACGAUAACAACUCGCUCCAACUCUGUGAAGCAGGGGAAAGAUGAGCAUUUCCCUGUCUACAUGGACAACAAGGAGGACAUCCUCUGGUGCACUGAGAUGGAAAGGGUGUUUGGUUUCCCCGUCCACUACACCGACGUGUCCAACAUGAGUCGUCUGGCCAGGCAAAGGCUGCUGGGACGUUCUUGGAGUGUUCCCGUCAUCAGGCACCUCUUUGCCCCUCUAAAGGAGUACUUCGCCUGCAACUAGUCAUACAAUUACUCUCUCUGUUUCUCUUGGGCAUGCACUCUCUCUCAUGCUCUCUCUCUCUCCCUCUCUCUCUCUCUCUCAUACACACACGCACACACACACUUGUGACAACAGAUAACUGUACAUAGUACACAGCUUGUACAUGAAGGUUGGCUGAUACAGAUUAAACAGAUGACCAGACAGACAUACAUUUACACCACACACACUGCUAAGGACCUCGUCCGUGAUCUCAUAUAACAUACUGGUCCCCAGGUGCUAUCUUGCACAUACACACACACACACACACACAUUUCCGGGUGCAGUUUCUGUACUGUAAAUCACUCAGACUUUCUUCCGCCUGACCUUAAACUGAUGUCUUCUGCUUUCCUGCAUUAGUUCCAGUCUCAACGAGGCACCAACACACAACAUCUCAAUAUAUCACCAAACCGUAUUAUCACGUCGUGGAGGUGCUGUAGUUGCAUUACUAAUGCAAUGACUAUAAAUAUCCAAACACACAUCCACAACACACCAGCUAAAACCCGCGGUGCUGGCCGGCCAGUCGUUAAAGGUCAAAUGGUGCCACUUUCAUGUGACAUUUUUACUGUUCUUGGUGCUCUUUGAGACGUUGUGGUCUCGGUUUGUUUUCAGUUGCUGCAAUUUGGGCAGAUUUAAGCCAAAUACUUCCAAUCAGGCACAGAGGUUAAACCAGCGUGUACUUGAGGGCUGUGGGGAAAAAAGGAAAGAAAAAAAAACAAAACUAACAACAAUCCAAGGUAACUUUCACUAAAAUAACUCCUCUAACAUUCCUCUGUUGAAUGAAUCUCAAUGGAUGAGUUACUCAUCAGAGCAGUGAGCCAAAGUCACAUAUAUUUUCUUUUGUACUUUAGUAUCAAAAGUGAUCUGCCUUUCAGAGUGAUUCAGAAGGCUUGAUAAGGAAUCCCCACUGCAGUAAGCGGGAUUCAACUCUUCACAAUGUGGGGUAUGUGCCUUUCAAAAAGUAUUCAGUGCCCUCCAGUGGCCCAGAAGAAAAUUUAGGAUUUCAUACAAAAUGUGAAACACUGUAUUUGAAGUUACUUGAAAUGUCUUGUGUCUUUUUAGGCAUCAACAUUAUGAAAACAACUAUUUUAUAUAAACAAUAUUUAUUCACAUGAAUAUACAAUAACUUCCUGUAUUGUGAAAAAUAUAGCAUUUUCACUGUCAUGUUUAUGUAGCGUGUUGCAGCCGCACGUGCCAUCUUUGGCUUUGUGUGUUAGUGAACUACUGACCAAUCCGAUUAUUCUCCAGUAUGCUUGAGUACGGAUUCACGUAUGACCUGUAUGUGAAAAAAAGACAAUCAUCUGAUUGGAUUUAGCAUUGGAAAUGUGAAUCUGUCGUCAUCUGAACGGCUCCACUCAGUGAUGUUUAACUCAUCCAGAAAGAUUAUUCAAGCUUGUUAACGGGAAAAAAAAAAUUAAAUAGCCAUAGCGCUAUGCGAAGAAGAGAUAAACCGAUGAAUUUUAUGGUGGAAAACAGCCUCUCUUGUGCCUUGGCCUCUCGUGCUCUGCUGCCGUGUUGUCGGGUGACAAACUCAAAGAAGGCUUGGUUGUAAGCAACCCGUUCUUGCAGCUCCACUCUCUUUGCUUUACUUCAUAGUGAUGUCAAAAGUUGUUGAGCAACAGCAUCUACUAGAAGGGGAGGCAGACAUCUUCUCUGCAGAUGCAAUAUUGGCUUUUGCAUUCCUGGGAGUAAAAGAGAAAACCAUUUUACCUUUGAAAAACCGCUCAGUGGUGCAGACCCUCUCGAAAUUAACUACAACACAACAGGGACUUGAGAAAUCUUUCAGUCUGGUGCUUUUUGGUCCCACGUUGACCACCUUUUCUAUCGAAAGCCUUCCAAUCCUCUGACCUCCCUCAGUUACCAGCUAACUAACUGGUCACAAUCUGUCUACACACACUUGCACAAACAAUCACAAGUCAGAAACCAGCAUUUUUUUGUCUAUUUUUUUUUGCCCAUUGUGUUUACUCUCCGUUUAUACAACCAAACUUCAGGUGCUUUUUCAACCAACCUUCAGGUGCUUUUUCAACUCUGCUCUUUAUACAGUGCUCUAUACAGUGCAGGUUACAUACACACACAGAAACACACACAUUUGCUGGAAAAGGCCCUCAAUGCGGUGCUGAUCUACUCAAAAUGACAUCAACCGUUAAUGCACAGAACAUGCAUAGUCACUGUGUUCCUUCCCGCAGGACACCUGUCGCCAGCGGGCUUUUCAUGGCACUGCUGGUUGUGACAUCAUAACCCCAGUCCCCUCAGAUACUGCAUGUCAGUCUGUCAGUGUAAUCAUGUUAGAUUAGGGAAUAAUGAUAAUGGUAGUAUUAAUUACAAUAAUAAUCUGUUAUUGAGUGUGCGUGUGUGUAUACUGUUCCAGGUCGGUGCUCAGUUCAGUUCAGUCUCAGCCAAGAGGGGAAAGAAGAUAGACAAAACAUAUAUUACUGUUAGCUGUAGUGAGCUUGUCUUAUAAGGAGAACUUGUGCGGAAGUGAGACUCACUCUCAAAUAAGAAAUGUGUUCAAAUCACACCAACUGCAGCCUUGCGUCAAUUCACGAUACAGCCGAACCUUGAAACUGAAAGUGUUGUCAAAAAUUGCCCAAUAAGUGACGGCCAUUAUAUUACAGCUAAGAAUGAUAAAAUGUUACUCAAACCAUUGUCUGUAUUGUUAUUACCAGAGGUUUUAUAAUAGAUUAUUUAUAUUCCCAUUAUUUCCUUUAGGGCUAGAAAUAUGGUUGACCCAGGCAGUGCAAUAUUUUGCAAUAUUGCUCAAGGGCUACCGUCCUUUUUUUUUUUUUUUUUUUUUAAAUCCUUGCUGUGGUUUCUGACACAACUACAUUCCAUUUUGUUGCAGCUAUACAUGUAUUUAGUUUCUGUGUUAAUUACAAAUCAUGUUCACAACAUGAUAAUUAGUUGCCAAAAUGGACAACACUGCAUAUGGAUCUUUUUGUCGGAUGUUUAGCCCUAGUAUUGCACAAUUAUGACUUAAUUGCAGAGCUUCUAAGUAAUUUGAAUUAUUGAUUUGGCCGGUCUGAAUUUGCGGUGUGACGUGAACAUGUUUCUGUUUGAGAGUGCUAGCGAAAGCCAGAGGAAGGAAAGCAUAGUUCUUAUUGACAGCGGACGAAUGCUAGACUUGAAUUUAGACGGUCAAGACGGUUUGCCUAUUGACAGAUAUAAGGCUGAGUGAUGCGCAAUUUUCAACACUGAUAUCAAACUCACACACACACACCCAUAAAAUAAAUAAAUGACCGUGCACAUAGAGCGCAAACACUGCACAUAGACAAACAUAACACAACACCUACACACCCAAUGCUGCAGCGCAUUCAGAUGACACUCAUCUCAAGGACUAAGUGAAAGAUGAGCUUUUAGGAAAAGUGGAACUGCUGGUGUUUCAAAAAGGUGCUACAAUUGUUUUCUGAAAAUAAGAAAAAAAAUAUAUUGCUAGGAGUAUAAAAGUUUGUCUUUACAAUGACUGUAUUUAAGUUUGUUGUAGUAAGGAAGAGGCACUAUUAUUAUUUUACUCUUGUAUGAAUAUGAACUAAUUAAAAGGCAUUUUAACUUUGUACUUGAACAAUGUAAAAGAAGAACCGUGAAUUAAAAAAAAAUGUUUCUUGUGA